UUGGAACCGCGCUUGAUUGCUAUUACAAGCAAGUUUCUCAAAUGCCGGCUUGGUCUAAGCUCGAGUUUUGCAAAUUCGCGGCCGCUUGGGCUGGGCAAGAUUGUCCUUGCAGAACGAAGUUUGACGCUGAUGAUCAGGAUCACAACGAAAAUGGGAAUGGGAACAGUAACGGACAUGACCACUUUUUUAGGGAGGAUUCGAGGUUUAGUAACGGAACGAGGAAUCGUGACGAUGAUGACGUGGAUGAUGAGGAUGAUGUGAUUAAGGAUGUGGUGGUGGAGAUGGACAAUUUGGGCAUAAAUAAAGAAGAUGCGGAGAAUUUGGAGAAAAAGGGGGUGAGGAUCCCGUUACCUUGGGAACUUUUAAGGCCGGUGGUGACAAUUCUAGGGCAUUGUUUGUUUGGUCCUUCGAAUUCCCAAGAUGUAAAGGACGCUGCCUCGGUUGCGAUUAGGUGUUUAUACGCGAGGGCGUCUCAUGAUUUGGCGCCACAGGCGAUCUUGGCGUUGCAGAGUCUGAUUAGGCUUGAUAAGAGUGCAAGAGCAGCUGCAAAGGCAGCUGCUACGGCUGCAGCUAACACUUCUUCGAACGCUAACACUCCUAGCAAGGCUAAGAAGCCAGAAAUCCUUUUGGUUUCCAAGUGAUUUUAAUGUUUUGCUUGUGCAGAUUGAUGGAGAUCGGAGAAGAAGUGGGGAGGACUGUGGUCCAUGGGCUGAAGGAUGGUCUGGUUUUGCAAUGGAUUUGAUGGGAAAGUAUAUUUUAGUGUUUGAACUUUUGAGAUUAUUGGGAAGGAGUUUAGUACAGGCCAUUGGAAAUUAAGACAUGACAAGAAAGAAGAAGAAUAGGAGAAAUGAAACUGCCAUGCAAUUAAAUAUUCUUUGAGAAUAUCAUCAACAUCUGGGUACAAAAAAGAGCCUAAAAUUUAGCACAGAAGAUUCCAAUGAUUGCCUACCCUAUUGUAAAGCCUGAAUUCAAUAGUUUCACAUAGAACAGCAGCCUUUUAGGA